AGGUAACCUCACCAAGACCUGCACCGCGGACGGCUGGAGCGAGAUGCUGCCCAUCGACAUUGCCGUCAACUGUGGCUACAACCACAACAUCAGCGGGGACGAGGGGAGGUUCUUCUGGCAGGUGAAGGUGGGCUACACCAUCGGCCACAGCGUCUCCCUCGCCUCGCUCCUCACAGCUGUCCUCAUCCUCUGCAUCUUCAGGAAGCUGCACUGCACCAGGAACUACAUCCACCUCCACCUGUUCGUGUCCUUCAUCCUGAAAGCGGUGUCCGUGUUCGUGAAAGACGUGGUGCUGUACGAGGUGGGGGAGGAGAACUGCUCCUCAGGGUCGAGGCUGUUGGGCUGCAAGGUGGCGAUGGUGUUCUUCCAGUACGGCGUCAUGGCCAGCUUCUUCUGGCUGCUGGUGGAGGGGCUUUACCUCCACGCCCUAUUGGCUGUCUCCUUCUUCUCCGAGAGGAAGUACUUCUGGGCCUAUAUUCUGAUUGGUUGGGGAGGGCCGAUGGUCUUCAUCACAGCUUGGACCAUCGCAAAGGCCAAGUACAACGAUGUGGGGUGCUGGGAUAUCAUCGAGAACUCGGAUGGGUUCUGGUGGAUAAUUAAAACUCCCAUACUGGUCUCCAUUUUGAUGAACUUCUUCCUCUUCAUCUGUAUCAUUCGAAUACUUCGUCAAAAGAUCAACUGCCCGGAUAUAGGAAGAAACGAGUCAAACCAGUAUUUGAGAUUGGCGAAGUCUACCCUGCUUCUGAUCCCUCUGUUCGGGAUCAACUUCAUCGUGUUCGCCUUCAUCCCGGAGCAGUUGAAGACAGAGAUGCGCCUGGUGUUCGACCUGAUUCUGGGAUCCUUCCAGGGCUUCGUGGUGGCCGUGCUGUACUGUUUCCUCAACGGGGAGGUUCAGGCGGAGGUGAAGAGGAAGUGGCGGCGGUGGUUGCUGCAGCGCUACAUGGGUUCAGACUCCACCAAGUACCAACAGCCGUCCAGCAACGGGAACACCUUCAGCACCCAGAUCUCCAUGCUGACCAAGUGCAGCCCCGUGACCCGCCGGGUCUCCUCCUCCGGCCCUGAGGACUCCUCCGUCAUCUGACCUCCAUCGCCAUGGAGACGUGUCAACGUGUGUGUAUAUAUCCCCGACCACAAGGACUGCUCCGUCAUCGGACCUACUGGCCGCCCCAUCAUGACCUAUGUACCUGUGUGUAUAUAGAUGAUGACCUAUGUACCUGUGUGUGCAUAUAGGUCAGGACCUAUGUACCUGUGUGUAUAUAGGUCAGGACCUAUGUACCUGUGUGUAUAUAGGUCAGGACCUAUGUACCUGUGUGUAUAUAGGUCAGGACCUAUGUACCUGUGUGUAUAUAGGUCAAGACCUAUGUACCUGAGUGUAUAUAGGUCAGGACCUAUGUACCUGUGUGUAUAUAGGUCAGGACCUAUGUACCUGAGUGUAUAUAGGUCAGGACCUAUGUACCUGUGUGUAUAUAGGUCAGGACCUAUGUACCUGUGUGUAUAGUCCCUAGGUCAGGACCUAUAUACCUGUGUGUGUAUAGGUCAGGACCUAUGUGUGUAUAUAGUCCCCAGGUCGUGACCUAUGUACCUGUGUGUAUAUAGUCCCCAGGUCAUGACCUAUGUACCUGUGUGUAUAUAGUCCCCAGGUCGUGACCUAUGUACCUGUGUGUAUAUAGUCCCCAGGUCAUGGGUGAAGAUGGAGUGAAGUGUGUUUGAUUACUUAAAAAAAAAAUAAUAAUAAUAACUGAUUGAAAUAAUGUAAACACACAAAGGCACACUAAGACAAAAGGAUACACACUUAUUGGACUUUUGGAAGCUGUGAAUCGAUUCAGAAUCAUAGAAGCUAAGAAUCCCAAUUCAUACGUGAAUGUUUUUUUUCUACACUCAAACGACAAGCUUUCAACACAUUAGCUCUCCUGUAUUAUAUCCAUGCCAUACAUGGAAGCUUUCAGACACAGGGAGGAGAGGAAAAUAAAUACACAUUUGCGCACGAGCAGACAAAAUGAGAAAAUUAGGUUAUGCAUGUAAAAUCGCUGAUUAUAAAUAUUCCAUUUUCACAAGCAGCUCAUCACACUUACUCACAAAAAAAGAGAAAUAUCAAUGCAUUCAUUAACCAGCAAUAGCUGAUCCUCUUGUGUUUCCACCAGCGAUGACAACUUACAGUGAACGUAGGAGGACAGGGAACGUGACAGAGGCAUCCCCUCGCAGCCCAAGCCCUCUGUCAAGGGCGGUGGAUGAUUCGUGUUACAACGGCUAAUCGCUUGAUUUCCCAUUGAUUCCCUAAGCUUCCCUGUCAGUGAGCAACAGGAGAUGUAACUUAUUAGACGAGCUUUGGCUGAGAAUCCAAGUGUGAAAUGCAGGGAAAAUAAAGAAAAUCUGCUGG